AUGACGAGCCGUCGCCGUGACAUGCGGCAGCACCUGACUUUCCUGCUAUGCCUCCUUAUCCUUUGCCAUGCGGCAUCCACGUGUCGAGCGUGUCUUCCGCCUAUGUUCUCGGCAGCAGCAGACGGCUCCCCUCCGAACCCUAAUUGGGAGGUCGACUUCGACUGGCUGAGCAACGAGAACCAAAUCGCCAUGGCGCGAUUCGCCGUCGCACAGCACAACGCCGCCAAGCGGAACGAGAGCACGGCGAGCACAGUCACUCCCUUCCGUUCAUUCUUGAGCGCUUUCCCCUUUUCUUCUUCCCUUCUCCCCUUCUCCCCGUCCCCCCUUCUCCCCGUCUCCCCUUCUCCCCGUCUCCCCUUCUCCGUGUCUCUCGCCUCUCCACACCAGAACGACAGCCUACAGCCAGUCGGAGUUCUCUAUGUGGACCGACCAGACAUUGCCAGCACAGGCAACGGCAGCACAGGUGGGGAGGAGUACCGCGUGCACGUGGUGCCGGUGACUCCCCCUCCGUGUGGCGAUGAGUUGACUUUCGUUGACUCCUCAGAUGUGGACGUGCAGCGCGUGGCACCAGAGGCGGUGGCGAGUGCGAGUGAGAGGCAGGGCAGCGCGCUGCUGCUGAUUUCGGUGCUGGAGGCACGGUUGAUGAUACCGGGGUACAGAGACAACACGCUCACACUGCUGGCAGCAGAUAACACCACCCGCAUGGUGGCACACUAUGCCACGCACGCACUAGAUCUAGGGCUGACGAACAACAGCAACGCCACGCCUGAUACUUCACAAAGAGGGAAUGCGAGUGGGAGGAGUGUGGUGAAUGUGACGUGGUUUGCGGUGGUGCCGGGGACGCAGCGGAAUGCAACAGCGGGGGAGAUGGGCGUGGCGGCAGCAGGGGGGUGUGGAGCAGUGGGCGUGGCGGCAGCAGGGGGGUGUGGAGCAGUGGGGCUGGCGGCAGCAGGGGGGUGUGGAGCAGUGGGGGUGGCGGCAGCAGGGGGGUGUGGAGCAGUGGGGGUGGCGGCAGCAGGGGGGUGUGGAGCAGUGGGGGUGGCGGCAGCAGGGGGGUGUGGAGCAGUGGGGGUGGCGGCAGCAGGGGGGUGUGGAGCAGUGGGGGUGGCGGCAGCAGGGGGGUGUGGAGCAGUGGGGGUGGCGGCAGCAGGGGGGUGUGGAGCAGUGGGGGUGGCGGCAGCAGGGGGGUGUGGAGCAGUGGGGGUGGCGGCAGCAGGGGGGUGUGGAGCAGUGGGGGUGGCGGCAGCAGGGGGGUGUGGAGCAGUGGGGGUGGCGGCAGCAGGGGGGUGUGGAGCAGUGGGGGUGGCGGCAGCAGGGGGGUGUGGAGCAGUGGGGGUGGCGGCAGCAGGGGGGUGUGGAGCAGUGGGGGUGGCGGCAGCAGGGGGGUGUGGAGCAGUGGGGGUGGCGGCAGCAGGGGGGUGUGGAGCAGUGGGGGUGGCGGCAGCAGGGGGGUGUGGAGCAGUGGGGGUGGCGGCAGCAGGGGGGUGUGGAGCAGUGGGGGUGGCGGCAGCAGGGGGGUGUGGAGCAGUGGGGGUGGCGGCAGCAGGGGGGUGUGGAGCAGUGGGGGUGGCGGCAGCAGGGGGGUGUGGAGCAGUGGGGGUGGCGGCAGCAGGGGGGUGUGGAGCAGUGGGCGUGGCGGCAGCAGGGGGGUGUGGAGCAGUGGGGGUGGCGGCAGCAGGGGGGUGUGGAGCAGUGGGGGUGGCGGCAGCAGGGGGGUGUGGAGCAGUGGGGGUGGCGGCAGCAGGGGGGUGUGGAGCAGUGGGGGUGGCGGCAGCAGGGGGGUGUGGAGCAGUGGGGGUGGCGGCAGCAGGGGGGAUGUGGAGCAGUGGGGGUGGCGGCAGCAGGGGGGUGUGGAGCAGUGGGGGUGGCGGCAGCAGGGGGGUGUGGAGCAGUGGGGGUGGCGGCAGCAGGGGGGUGUGGAGCAGUGGGCGUGGCGGCAGCAGGGGGGUGUGGAGCAGUGGGGGUGGCGGCAGCAGGGGGGUGUGGAGCAGUGGGGGUGGCGGCAGUGUGUUCACCAGCAGCAACAGCGGGGGAGGUGGGCGUGGCAGCAGCAGGGGGGUGUGCCGGGAGGAAUGCGAGCAGCAGCAGCGCUGGUGGCGGCGUGCGUUCAACAGCAGCAGCAGCAGAACCAACAGCAUUAGCAGCAGUGGCAUUUUGGAGUGGGACUUGGCACGGGCCAUGGCAGGGGUGUGUGUGGAUGAGGGGUGGGUGCUCAUCCCUGCUGCCGCCACUGCUGACAAUUCAGCCACUCCCAUUGCCUCCUAUAGUGCCUCCUCCACUGCCUCCUCCAAUGCCUCUUUUAAUGCCUCCACGACCCCCCCCUAUACCGACGCCUACAAUGGCUUCUCCAUGCGCUCCCUCACUCUCUUCUCCAUGCGCUCCCUCACUCUCUUCUCCAUGCGCUCCCUCACUCUCUUCUCCAUGCGCUCCCUCACUCUCUUCUCCAUGCGCUCCCUCACUCUCUUCUCCAUGCGCUCCCUCACUCUCUUCUCCAUGCGCUCCCUCACUCUCUUCUCCAUGCGCUCCCUCACUCUCUUCGCUCUGGACCAACUCAAUCGGAACAACAGCCUCCCCUCCAAUGUGACUCUGCUGGAUGUGCUUGUAGCGUGGGCGAAUGUGGUGGAGGGGGCAGGGAACAACUACAGCGUGACUGUAACAGCAGCGGUGGCUUUCCGCCUCGUUGACGUCUUUCUGCUGGAUGCGGGAGGUGGUGAGGGGGGGAGUGUGAAGCAGGAGGGCUUCUGGCUUAUUGACUGUGCUUACCCCCCACCUCCGGGGUAUUGA